AUGGCAAUAAUACAGCCAAUUUACCACUAUCUCCGAGGGAGAAUGAGAUGUGGCCGGAGGAACAGGGGCUACGGCAAUGAGAUCUCCUCCCACCACAGCAGCUGUGGGGGCUUCCCAAGCAUCCAGGGUCAUGGCUCCUUCUUCUGUGGUGGGGAAGGCUCAGUCAUGUACAGCCCGGGAGCUUCAUCCUUCGAGCCUAUGCCAACAUCAUCCACCUACAGCGUAUCAGGAGGGUACAGAUGCAGCAGUGAUGGAUCUGUUGUAAUAUCCAGUGGUGAUAGUGGGGGGACAGCUGGCUGGGGCGUUGCAGGGGGGACAGUCCCUGUCUAUGGUGCUGGGCGAGGAAUAGGGUACAGCAGUGAGGACUCAUGCCGGAACAUCAUUGGCAGCUCAGGGGGUGGUGGAGGAUCCGGCUGCCGCAGUGAGAGAUUGGGCAUCACUGCAGGAGAAGGUUCUGGAUAUGGAUAUGACGCAUCACCAAGAUGCAUCCCAGGGGCAGGUGGUGGAUCAGGGCACUAUAGCAGGGGAUCGAGCUAUGGCACGGGGGGAUACUCAGGCUCAGAGCUCGGCUUUGGAGGAGCUGGGUCCUCCCAGGCCGUGCAGCAGAAAUGCCCCGUGGUGGUUCCCGACAUUGAGGCCCAGCAGAGCAAGCAGAGCAACCACUGGCCCCCCAGCCAGAAGAAGUGA